AUGGAAGACGUUAAUAACGAAGCUAUCGAAAUCAAAAAGCAGAAGCUUGACCAUAGAAUGCAGAUACUCGUCACUGUGAGUGUGAUAUCAGUACUUGUCAUCAUGACAGGGGUAACAACUGUUGUCAUUGUUUUUAAUGUAGACAUGGAGCGAGAAAUGGGUGUAGAUGAUCCAGUGCAGAUAGAUGACGAGAUGACCGAAGUUCCCACAUUCAAGUUCAUUGAUCGCUCAGAAUGGGGGGCACGUGAUCCCGUUAGUAGAACCAACUUGGAUACGCCUGUGCAGUACGUUAUUGUUCACCACACCGCAAUGAAUCGCUGCUACACCAUGGAGGAAUGCAAAGCACAAAUGAGGGCUAUUCAGAAUUUUCACAUGGAUGUACGCAAAUGGAAUGAUAUAGGGUAUAACUUUUGUGUUGGUGAUGAUGGUAAUGUUUAUGAAGGACGUGGUUGGGAUACGGUAGGCGCUCAUGCUACGUGGUAUAACAAUUACUCCAUAGGUAUCUGUGUUAUGGGUGAUUUUACUGACACUUUACCAUCGGAUGCCGCAAUGAAAACAGUGCAGUCACUUAUCAAGUACUGUGUUGAAAAUAACAAAGUGAUAGACGACUAUAUACUAUACGGUCAUCGACAAGUACGUCGUGAAGGUACAACAUGCCCCGGUGAUACAUUCUUUGACCGUGUAAAGACCUGGCCACAUUGGGUGCCGGGACAACACUUUCCUCCAACCAAAUGA